UGUGCGUGGAAUGGUCAGGUAUCGAAAAAUAAAGAUGGAAAAGAACAAAGUGAAGCUGUAUCACCGUCCGAAGAUGAAACAUUCUCCUGGCCAGGGCCCAAAACAGUUCUACUGAAAAGAACAUCUCAAGGCUUCGGUUUUACCUUGCGGCAUUUUAUAGUUUAUCCCCCCGAGUCUGCCAUCCAAUUUUCAUUAAAGGAUGAAGAAAAUGGCAACAGAGGAGGGAAACAAAGAAACCGUUUGGAACCAAUGGACACCAUAUUUGUUAAACAGGUGAAAGAAGGUGGCCCUGCAUUUGAAGCCGGAUUGUGCACAGGUGACCGAAUUAUAAAAGUUAAUGGUGAAAGUGUUAUUGGAAAGACCUAUUCCCAAGUAAUUGCUUUAAUUCAGAACAGUGAUACAACUUUGGAACUUAGUGUUAUGCCAAAAGAUGAAGAUAUUCUCCAAGUGCUACAGUUUACAAAGGAUGUCACAGCGCUGGCCUAUUCUCAAGAUGCCUACCUGAAAGGCAAUGAAGCCUACAGCGGCAAUGCCCGCAACAUACCCGAACCCCCGCCAGUUUGCUAUCCCCGGACGCCAUCUGCCCCUUCUGCCGUGGCACAACAGCCGGCUGAAAUCUCUCCUCCAGACUCAUCCUCGAGCAAGCAGCAAUCCGGGACUCCCGUACUGAUGCAACCCGCCAGGGCCUAUCGAAUGGAAAUACAAGUGCCUCCAUCCCCAACCGACGUUGCAAAGUCCAACACAGCAGUGUGUGUCUGCAGUGAAAGUGUGAGGACUGUCAUUGUACCUUCUGAGAAGGUUGUAGAUGUGUUAAGUAAUAGAAACAACCACACCGUCCCUUCACAUAGGACUGAAGAAGUCAGGUAUGGCGUGAACGAGCAGACCCCUUUAAAAACCGUGUCAAGGAUCACAUCACCGCCAUCCUCAGUUCCCACUGCCCAACUGAUUCAUCAGACAGCAGGCUCGCGGCCCCCGGAAGCGCCUGGGAUCUUCCUUAAGUCCGGCAAUUACAGUGGCCAUGCAGAAGGCAUCUCAGGCAGUCGGUCGCUCACCGGGGAUUCGCCGUCUGUAUCCGUUAAUCACUACUCUCCAAACUCCCAUCAGCACAUAGACUGGAAAAACUACAAAACUUACAAAGAGUAUAUUGAUAACAGGCGAUUGCACAUAGGUUGUCGGACGAUUCAAGAGCGACUGGAUAGUUUACGAGCUGCAUCUCAGAGCACAACGGACUAUAACCAGGUGGUACCAAACCGCACGGCGCAGCAGGUACGACGGCGCAGCACCUCACACGACAGGGGGCCCCAGGCGGCCCAGAUCCGCCAGCGCAGCGUGUCCCAGGAGCGGCUGGAGGACUCGGUGCUGAUGAAGUACUGCCCCAGGAGCGCGUCGCAGGGCGCCCUGACCGCCCCGGCCAUCGGGUUCAGCAAUCACCGGACUCGCUCCUGGGACUACAUUGAGGGGCAGGCCGAGCCGGCGGACGCGGUCAGCUCCGACGGGCAGCUGCCUGAUGCCAACGGCGAGCGGAAGCAGACCUACCAGUGGAGCGGCUUCACGGAGCAGGACGACCGGCGGGGCAUCUACGAGCGGGCGCGGCAGCCCGACGUGCACCGAGCGUUCCGCGGCGCCAACCUCACCGUGGCGCCCAGUGCGGUCACCUCCGACCACCGGCGACUGGGCAGCCGCGGGCCGCCGUUUAAGAAACUGCCCCCGGACCUCAAAGCCCCACCGGCCGCCCGGGCCCUGCACACGCCCGGGGGAGCGGCCCUGCCUCGAGGGCUGUCCCAGGAGCGCUCGACCCUGGGGAAAGCCCAGAGUAACUCCCUGAAAGCGCCUUCCACGCCCGCCGCCAAGCCGCCCUGCGCCCAGCACGCGCCGACCCCCAGAGACCAAAGACCCGCCAACCACUUGCAUCCCAACAGCCUCCUGAGCCCGCAGUCCUGGGCACGAGCCGACGGUGCUCCCGAGCCUCCCGCCGAGCCUGGCAAGGUGGCCCCGUUCCCCGGCGCCUGCCCGAGGCCCGGCCCUCCAGUGAGGGACAGCCCUGGCACCGCGUCGCUGUCCGGGCUUCAGGAUCUGAGUGUCCCCGAGGCCGAGCCCCCGCAGUCGGUUCCGGGCGAGAACAAAGACGCCGUCAUCCUGCGAGAGAAGCCGCCGUCGGGCCGCCAGACCCCGCAGCCCCUCCGCCAUCAGUCUUACAUCUUGGCUGUUAACGACCAAGACACGGGCUCGGACACCACCUGCUGGCUGCCCAACGACGCGCGCCGCGAGGUGCAGAUCAAGCGGCUGGAGGAGAGGAAGGGCUCCAGUAGCAGUCCGCCCGGGGACUCGCUGGCCUCCAUCCCCUUCAUAGAUGAGCCAACUAGCCCCAGCAUUGAUCAUGAUCUCGCCCACAUCCCUGCUUCAGCUGUCAUCUCGGCCUCCACCUGCCACGUGGCCUCUAUCGCGACUCUUCCUCCCAGCCUCACCACUUCCGCUCCUCUGAUUCGACGCCAGCUCUCCCAUGAUCAGGAAUCUGUUGGACCCCCCAGCCUGGAUGGCCAGCCCAGCUCCAAGACAGAACGAUCAAAAUCAUAUGAUGAAGGCCUGGAUGAUUACAGAGAAGACGCAAAAUUGGCCUUUAAGCACGUGUCUAGCCUGAAGGGGAUCAAGAUCACCGAUAGCCAGAAAUCAUCCGAAGACUCUGGGUCCAGAAAAGAUUCUUCCUCUGAAGUUUUCAGUGAUGCAGCCAAAGAAGGUUGGCUCCACUUCCGGCCCCUGGUCACUGAGAAGGGCAAGCGAGUUGGUGGAAGCAUUCGGCCAUGGAAACAGAUGUAUGUUGUGCUUCGGGGCCACUCACUUUACUUGUACAAGGAUAAACGAGAACAGAUGACGCCCUCAGAAGAAGAACAGCCCAUCAGUGUUAAUGCUUGCUUAAUAGACAUCUCUUAUAGCGAUACCAAGAGGAAAAAUGUGUUUCGGCUGACCACAUCCGACUGUGAAUGCUUAUUUCAGGCUGAAGACAGAGAUGAUAUGUUGGCAUGGAUCAAGACCAUCCAGGAGAGCAGCACCCUAAAUGAGGAAGACACUGGAGUGACAAACAGGGAUCUCAUUAGUCGAAGAAUCAAAGAAUACAACAGUCUGAUGAGCAAAGCAGAACAGUUGCCAAAAACACCUCGUCAGAGUCUCAGCAUCCGGCAGACUUUGCUUGGUACGAAAUCGGAGCCAAAGACACAGAGCCCACACUCCCCCAAGGAGGAGUCAGAGAGGAAACUUCUCAGUAAAGAUGAUACCAGUCCCCCGAAAGACAAAGGCACAUGGAGAAAAGGCAUCCCAAGUAUUAUGAGGAAGACGUUUGAGAAAAAGCCUACAGCGACAGGAACAUUCGGUGUCAGGCUGGACGAUUGCCCGCCAGCACACACCAACCGGUAUAUUCCGUUAAUAGUUGACAUAUGUUGCAAAUUAGUUGAAGAAAGAGGUCUUGAAUAUACAGGUAUUUACAGAGUUCCUGGAAAUAAUGCAGCCAUCUCAAGUAUGCAGGAAGAACUCAACAAGGGAAUGGCUGAUAUCGAUAUACAAGAUGAUAAAUGGCGAGAUUUGAAUGUGAUAAGCAGUUUACUAAAAUCCUUCUUCAGAAAACUCCCUGAACCUCUCUUCACAAAUGAUAAAUAUGCUGAUUUCAUUGAAGCCAAUCGGAAGGAAGACCCUCUGGACCGUCUGAGAACAUUGAAGAGACUAAUCCAUGAUUUGCCUGAACAUCAUUAUGAAACCCUUAAAUUUCUUUCGGCUCAUCUGAAGACAGUAGCAGAAAAUUCUGAAAAAAAUAAGAUGGAACCAAGAAACUUGGCAAUUGUGUUUGGUCCCACUCUGGUUCGAACAUCGGAAGAUAACAUGACCCACAUGGUCACUCACAUGCCUGACCAGUACAAGAUCGUCGAGACACUGAUCCAGCACCAUGACUGGUUUUUCACAGAAGAAGGGGCAGAAGAACCUCUUACAGCAGUGCAGGAGGAAAGCACGGUAGACUCGCAGCCAGUGCCAAACAUAGAUCAUUUACUCACCAACAUUGGAAGGACAGGAGUCUCCCCUGGAGAUGUGUCAGAUUCAGCUACUAGUGACUCAACAAAAUCUAAGGGUUCCUGGGGCUCGGGGAAGGAUCAGUAUAGCCGGGAGCUGCUCGUGUCCUCCAUCUUCGCAGCCGCCAGCCGCAAGAGGAAAAAGCCCAAAGAGAAAGCUCAGCCCAGCAGCUCCGAAGAUGAACUGGACAAUGUCUUUUACAAGAAGGAAAACCCGGAGCAGGGCCACGGCGACGUGAAGGAAGAGGCUAAGAAGGAGGGCGAGGCGGCCACUGGCAGGAAGGCGCGGCCCGCGGCCGGGCCCAAGGAGGGCGCCAAGGAGGAGAAGGGGUCCCGGCGCCCCGACGAGCCUGCCCCCCCGCGCGCCCCCAAACACAAGUCCCCCACCCUGAGCAGCCGCCUGGCCACCCUGAAGGAUGGCUCGAGGGCCCGAGGGGCGCCCCGGCCCCCCGCCUGCGACGAGACGGGCUCGGACUCGGGCACCCUGCUCAGCACCUCCUCGCAGGCGUCGCUGGGCCGGUGCGUGCCGCGGAAGGCUGGCAGCAGCCCCGAGGGCGCGCAGCCUGGCAGCAGCGGCGGUGGCGGCGACUUCCUGGCGCAGGUGAGCACCAUCACCUCCGACUACUCCACCACGUCGUCCACCGCCUACGCGGCCAGCCUCGACUCGAGUCGCCUGAGCCCCGAGGUGCAGUCGGUGGCCGAGAGCCGCGGCGACGAGGCGGACGACGAGCGCAGCGAGCUCAUCAGCGAGGGCCGCGCCGUGGAGACGGACAGCGAGAGCGACUUCCCCGUGUUCUCCAGCGGCGGCGGCGGCGGCGGCGCGGCCCGCGGGGGCGUCCCCAAGGCCGGCCGCCGCGACUCGGAGGGCAGCGAGGUGAGCGGCACCGAGGGCAGCCUGACGCCCAGCCUCGAGGGCCGCCGGCAGCCCUUCAGCUCGCACAAGCUCAUCGAGUGCGACACGCUGUCGCGCAAGAAAUCGGCGCGCCUCAAGUCCGACGGCGGCGGCGUGCUGGGCGGCGAGCGCGAGGCGGCGGGGCUGGCGCGCGUGCUGGACGUGAUGAAGAAGGGCCGCUCCACCGGCAGCCUGUCGCCCGCCCGCGCCGACGCCGAGCGGCCCGAGCCCACGUGGCGGACCAAGAUCGCCGACCGCUUGAAACUCAGGCCCCGCGCACCCGCCGCCGACGACAUGUUCGGCGGGAUGGGUGGCCCGAAGGCGGGCGCCGAGCCGGCGCGCAGGAAGAACAUCAAGCGGCGCCACACGCUCGGGGGCCACCGCGACGCGGCCGAGCUCAGCGUGCUGGGCUUAUGGCGAGCGGCCGAGGCGGGCGGCGAGCGCGAGCCCGAGCUGUCGGCCGUCACCCGGCUCAAGCCCAAGUGCUCGGCGCAGGACCUGAGCAUCGCCGACUGGCUGGCGCGCGAGCGGCUGCGCACCAGCGCGUCCGACCUCAGCCGCGCCGGCCCCGAGACGCCUCCGUCCCCCGCGGGCAGCCCCCCCAGCCCGCUGGAGCCCACUCCCCGGCCGCCCCCGCAGUCCCCCGAGCAGGUGAACGGAGAGAGCUUUCCCAGCGCCGGCCCCGCGGCCCCGGGCCCCCUUCACAAACUGUCGUCGGAAGCCCCAGGCAGCCCCGCCCGCUUCCACCCCUGUCUUUAACCCCCACCGGCGGGUCCGCGCGAGCACAGCAGAAGCUACUGUUACAUGUCGCCGUAACUCUGUAAAUAUUUUCUUGUACCAGAAUUGUUAUUAUGCAGCCUUCAUUUGGGCUGGUUUCAUCCUUUUGCACUGUGAAAUAGGUUUACAGUGCAUUCCUACAGCCAGAGGAACAUAUAUAAAUAUAUAUAUAUAAAUAUAUAUUUAAAAAUAUAUUGGAUAGUUGUAAACAAAUGAGCAAGGUAUUUGUUGCAACUUACAUAGCAUAUUCCCAGAAUUCCUGACCAUUACUAGCUGGCAUUAGUGUGCAGGAACUCUGUCCAUUGGGUUUCAUCACUAACAAAAGUGCCUCAUCAUUGAAAACACAUUUGGUUUUUUAGGGUGCCAUAUUGUUAAAAUUAGAUAUCUUCCAUGGAAUGAAUGAAGGCCUUUUAUUGGUAACAAAUUCCACACCAGUUUGCCAGUUUUAACACAGACAGAUACAGAACUUCCAUUCUUUGAGUCAUUCCAAGUCAACCUCUGCGUUUUAUAUUCCAACUUUUAAUACAUUUUUGAGUUUUGUGUGACUUGAAUUUUUAAUCUUUCUGUAAAAUACAUAACUUAAAUGACCGUAUUAUAUGUGUAUCUUUUCUUCAGAUACCAGAUUUGAUAGAACUCUUGUAACAUAGGUAUGUAGAUAGCAACUUGGCGGGACUGCUUCUUCCUCGAGAAGAAUCUAAUUCUGCAUGAGGACAUAAUGAAUCCAAACCUGUGUCUUGCCUCUGUGCAUACCCAAUUAAACACUGGAAAUAAAAUUGUUUGGGUGAACUUGG